UCCUUAUUUCCUUACCGUCUUUCCCGUCCCCGUCGCCGCCUCUUAAAGCUCAUGAAUAUUCAUAUACCGCCACCACGUGACCGAGUCGUCUGCCUUCUUCCAGAUUCAACAACAACACAGGUCCGGCCCAGAACAUGGUUGACUGUCGUACUGAAUUAAAAUUCCUUUAGCUGCCCAGCUGGAAGGACCCUUUCCACAGUCACUAUGAUCUCAGUUCUGCCGCAUGCCUCCUGGCUGUUGGCUUUGUUGCUGCUGGUCUGCACUUUCCUAAGUACCAUUACUACUCAUGUGGUCUCAGAGAAAAAUACUUGUUUAGAUCCAGUGACGAGGAAGGUGAAGAACCUUGAGGAUUUAGAUCUACAGAAAAUAACAAUCUCUAUGCCUGGAGCAAGACCGUCUAAGGAUGACGAAUACUUAUGCACCAGUAAAAAGCUGUCCAAGGAAACCAAUUAUAUUGUUAAAUUUGAGUCACUAUCAGAUGCCGUCAUUGCUCAUCAUAUCAUUUUAUUUGGUUGCCCGGAGCCAUUAACAGUUGGUGGUAUUUGGUCAUGUGGGACUAUAUGUAAAAGAAAUGAAGCCAAAAUCCUUUAUGCAUGGGCAAAGAAUGCUGAUCCAGCUAAAUUACCUUGUAAUGUUGGUUUCCAUAUUGGUAAAGGAUCAAAUAUUUCAUCUUUGGUCAUGCAAGUACAUUACAAAAACAAAUUUACAGAUGCACAGCCUGCAGAUAAUUCUGGAUUAUCUCUAUAUGUAACAAAGCAUAAACAGAAGUAUGCUGCAGGAAUCUUUAUUUUAGAUUCUGAUGAUGGUUUUAUUCCCAAAUCUACUCCGCUAAGCAACAUUGAUGUCAGCUGCAAAUUUCCAAGGAGAGUCAUUUAUCCAUUUGCAUUUCGGACCCAUGCACACAAUCUUGCAAGAGUGGUAAGUGCUUAUAAGUUCAAUGGCAGCUGGACAUUGAUCGGGAAAAGUAAUCCACAUUGGCCUCAAGCCUUUUAUCCCAUUGAGAGAAGAAUCAAAAUCGAAAGAAAUGACACUGUGGUUGCACGCUGUACCUAUAAUUCAACCGGUCGAAAUAGCGACACAAAGAUUGGACCAACCCAUGAAGACGAGAUGUGCAACUUUUACAUGAUGUACUACUCCCACAGUGAAGACCAUAUACCAAACUUUAUAGAAUGCAUUAAUAAUAAAUUUCCAGAUUUCACUAAAUACAUCCCAGCGUCAUCCGUCGAGCAGUUGCCUUAUAAUCCAUAUUUGGAACAGAAAGCAUUGCAGUCAAAGACACACCCCAGUGAAAAUGCCGUUCACCAGCGGUUAAAUAAAAAUUCUCAGAUAACAAGAGAGAAAAGUGAUUCUCAACAACAGUUCCAAGAUAUGACUUAUGUACCUGAUUGGCCAGCUAAGAAUGGAUUGACCCUUGGCCAUGUCAGUGGUGUUAGUGUAGGACCUGAUGGCAGUGUGCAUGUUUUUCAUCGGGGACCUCAAAUCUGGAAUACAAGAUCCUUCAAUAAAAGCAACAUUUUCCAGGAUCAAAACAAACCAAUUUUAGUUCCAACAAUCGUAGUCUUCAGCAAAGAAGGGAAAUUACUAAACCAAUGGGGUAACAAUACGUUUUUUAUGCCCCAUGGAAUAACAGUUGAUAAAAAUGGCUCUGUUUGGUUGACUGAUGUUGCUUUACACCAGGUUUUCCGUUUCUCUGCUGGAGAGAGAAAGCUUGACUUAGAAUUAGGAGAACGCUUCCGUCCUGGUAAUGAUAAACAGCAUUUCUGUCAACCCUCAAGUGUUGCUGUUAUGUCUGAUGGUCAGUUCUUUGUAGCAGAUGGCUAUUGCAAUUCAAGAAUAAUGAAAUUCUCAAAAGAAGGUAUGUUCCUUGAUGAGUGGGGUCACAGUGAUUCAGCUCUACAAUCUGAUGGCUUCCCAGCACCAUAUGUAUUCUUCAUUGUUCAUUCUGUAACCGUUGCUGAAGAUAAAGGAUUGGUUUGUGCUAGUGACAGAGGAAAUGGACGUAUACAAUGCUUUGAUUUAAGUGGAAAAUUCUAUAAGCAAAUACAUCUGAAAGAGUUUGGCUAUGUAAUAUAUUCCGUUGACUAUUGCUAUCAGCACGGUGGAAUUUUAUUUGCUGUGAAUGGUCCACGAAACCACACCAAGAAACCUUGUAAAGUGUUUGCCAUUGACAUAAAAACAGGCAUAUUGCUAUCCUCAUGGAACUGUCCAAAGGGUCUAGGCUUUCCUCACGAUAUCAGUGUUGAUAAUAAGAACCAUGCUGUAUAUGUAGGCGACUUAUUGGCGAAAACAGUCUGGAAGCUACAGAUGACAACUCCCAAUAUUUCUGAAUAUUUGUCUAAAAAGAAUGAAAUCCCUCAGCCUAUGGUGACUGCUGAAAAUGUUCCACUGCUUGACAACGGGCUGGAAAGUACCUCCGAUUCAAAUUUCAAGGCUUCGGUCAUCGUUGGUAGCCUCUUAGUUGCCCCUAUGUUUUUCAUCGUACUCAUAACUGUUUUCGUGCGUUACUAUCAUGCAGGCAAGUUAAAAUGUUGCGACUACAGGCGAAGCAUGGCUGGUCAUCAACACAGGUCUUUUUUUGGUAACCUUCUGAUUGACCGACACAAAGGCUUCAACCCUUUAAAUACUGAGGACAGUGACCAUGAGAUUGACCCAUUGAAUAAUUCAGAUGAUGAAGACGACUACAGAAUUACAAGGAAGACUUGAUUGACGCUAUGGACACUAAGUAAAUAUUUAAAAAAAAAAGCAAUUAAUAAAAAACAUAUGUACUGAGAACUGUGGACAUUUGAAAAACAAUAUUUUUAAAA